CAGAAAUACAGCAGUAUAUAAAAACAAAAGCAAGAAAAAUAUAUAAACUAGAAUUUGAGAGGAAAAGUAAUGGAAAAGAGUGAGAAAAAUAGGCAAUUGACUUCCGCUGAAUCCAUGAAAAAACAGAGGAGAUCAUAUGACUGUGAUAUCUGUACAAAGUCCUUUCUUCAAAAAAGUAACCUAUUUAUACACAAACGUAUUCACACAGGAGAGAAACCGUAUCAUUGUGAUAUCUGUGGUAAAUCGUUCUCUCAAAAUAGUAGCUUAACAACACAUGCACGUAUUCAUACAGGAGAGAGACCAUAUCAUUGUGAGAUCUGUGGUGAAUCAUUCUCUCAUAAUAGUACCUUAACUACACAUGAACGUAUUCAUACAGGAGAGAAGCCAUAUCAUUGUGACGUCUGUGGUAAAUCCUUCUCUAAUAGUAGUCACUUAGCUAAACACAGACUUAUUCAUACGGGAGAGGCACAAUAUAUUUGUGAUAUCUGUGGUAAAUCAUUCCCUCAAAAUAGUAAAUUAACAGAACAUAAAUAUAUUCAUACAGGAGAGAAACCAUUUCAUUGUGAUAUCUGUGGUAAAUCGUUCACCCAAAAUGGUAACUUAAAGAAACACAAACAUAUCCAUACAGGUGAGAAACCAUAUCACUGUGAUAUCUGUGGUAAGUCAUUCUCUCAAAGUAAUACCUUAACAAAACAUAAACGUAUUCAUACAGGAGAGAAGCCAUAUCGAUGUGAUAUCUGUGGUAAAUCAUUCCCUGUAAGUAGUACAUUAAUUAGACACAAAUCUGUUCAUACGGCAGAGAAACCAUAUCACUGUGAUAUCUGUGGUAAAUCAUUCUCUGAAAGUCGUACAUUAUCUAGACACAAACGUAUUCAUACAGGAGAGAAGCCACAUCAUUGUGAUAUCUGUGGUAAAUCAUUCUCUGAAAGUGGUACUUUGACUAGACACAAAUCCGUUCAUGUGGAAGAUAAACUGAAUUACUGUGAUAUCUGUGGUAAAUCAUUCUCUGAAAGUUGUGCAUUAACAAGACACAGACGUAUUCAUACAGGAGAGAAACCAUAUCAUUGUGAUAUUUGUGGUAAAUCAUUCUCUGAAAGUGGUACUUUGACUAGACACAAAUCUAUUCAUAUGGCAGAUAAACUAUAUCGCUGUGAUAUCUGUGGUAAAUCAUUCUCUGAAAGUAGUACAUUAACUAGACACAGACGUAUUCAUACAGGAGAAAAACCAUAUUGUUGUGAUAUCUGUGGUAAAUCAUUCUCUGAAAGUGGUACUUUGACUAGACACAAAUCUAUUCAUACAGGAGAAAAACCAUACCACUGUGAUAUUUGUAGUAAAUCAUUUGCUGAGAAUGGUGCCUUAGCAAAGCACAGACGUAGUCAUACAGGAGAGAAACCAUAUCAUUGUGAUAUCUGUGGUAAAUCAUUCUCUCAAAGUUGGUACUUACCAAAACACAAAUAUAUUCAUACAAGGAAGAAAGGGGAAAAGUAGUUUCUUGUUUUGUAAUAUAUUUUUAAUAUUCCUCUGAUUUAUGCAAUGAAAAUUAAAGUAUUUCCAAGACUUUUA